GUGAUUAUAAAAGUAAACAGAUGGGAACGGCUGCAGCUUUGUUCGGUUAAAAGAGUCCCAGGCCAAUUCAUCAUCACCAUCAACAUACAACCUCCAUACCGAAUCUAGAGCAAUCAUCCAACGACCACUUCAUAUUUACCAGUCAAGCAAGCAACUAUCAGACCAAUACAAAAAUGUCCGCCAUCAAACUCUCCACCCCCGCCCUCCGCCCCAUCGCCGCGCGCCGCAUUGUCCCUGCUGCUACUGCCCGCACGACCGCACCGGCAUUCACUCAGAUCCGCUCCGUCUCUUCCAACGGCGACGAACUCGGUGGCGUCAAGGGAUCAGAGCCCGCUACCAAACCAAACCGAUACAACGUGAGAGCCGGGACAAUCACUGCUGUUGGUGUCGUGGUUGCUUUGGGGUAUAUGUUUUAUAAGAAGGGGGACAAGAAGGGUACGGCGCCGCUGGGUGCUAGUCAGUGAGGGAGGGAUUGGUUGCGUGAGGGAAGGGUUGGAGGGGGUGACGGUGCGGGGUGACUGGGUGGGAGUGGGAGGAAGGGAUGAGUGCGCGAUUACAAUGGAUGGCGAUGAGAGGGAACUGAAGGCACUCAAGCCGAGGGAAUUGGAAACUGAAAAAAGUGCGAGUCCGAAGGCGAGUGCGAGGGCGACGGCGACGGGAUCGCUUUCGCGCCCUGAAUGCUGCUUGCGCAUGGGCGAGUGCAGGACGAUGUGCAGGGCGUUAUGACAGCUAAUGAAUGUUGAAUACCUAAGGGAUAUUGCAAUUAACAAACACGAUGAAUCGCCUCUGGACGCCAUGGUCAAUUG